GAAGGAAGGCAGAGGAAGAAACGUGAAGGAGAAAAAAGGAGAAAAAGAAAAAAAGAAAGAAAAAGAUUUAGCCGUCCGAUUCCAAUUCCGACUUGGGUGUACGUUGGAGGAGAUUUGGGUGAAGUUAGAAAAUCCAGAAAGUAUCGGUAGGAGGAAAAAUUGGGGGCAGUAUGUCGAAUUCUCGAGGUGGUGGUGUACGUAGGGCUAUUCAAGGCCCAGAGUUUGAUCCUUCGUCUGAUGAGUCACAGUAUCCUGUGCCAGCGCAUGUACCAACAGAGGCACCUAGUCAGGAUUUCUUUCGGCAGUUUAUGGCCGCGAUGAUGCCUCAACAGAGGAGUUUCAUUGAUGCUGUGAUGCGGCAUAACCCACCAACAUAUUCUGGUUCAGUGGAGCCAGGAGUCCUUGAGUUUUGGGUUGAAAAGAUGGAAAAGAUAUUUCGUGUUGUUCAGGUUCCGCCAGAUCAACGAGUUAAUAUUUGAGCCUAUUUCUUGGAAGGCCGAGCAAAUCGGUGGUGGUUAGGUGAAGAAGCUGCAGGUGUAGACCAAGUGGAUAUGACUUGGGAUGAAUUUAAAGCAAAGUUAAAGGCUAGGUUUAUACCGUCGCAUAUUCGAAAAGCGAAGAAGCAAGAAUUGCUGGACUUAAAGCAGGGCUCGAUAUCAGUUGAGGAUUAUUUUGUGAAGUUUAAUGAGUUGGAGAUGUAUGUUCCUGACUACUUUUCCUGUGAGCGAGACAGAAUUGACCAUUUUGUAGACGGGUUGCAACACAGAAUUCAAGAAGCUUUAGCGGUGUUGGAUAUCAGUUCAUUGUAUGAGGCUUACGAGCGUGCUGCCCGAUUUUAUCAGAAGCAGGAAGUCAGACAAAAGGAGAGUGAGAAGGAAAUAGGUUAUCAACAUCAGGUUCGAGAUAAGGGAAAAGCUAAAGUGGAGGAUGAACCCAAGGGUAAAAAGAAAUGGUGGCAAAUGUUUAGGUCUGGGCCAUCGUAUAAGGGGAUUUCGAUUAAUGAACCGAGUCAGGAGAGGUCUCAGCAAUCGGGGGCUGUUUGUCGGCGUUGUGGAACAAGCCACCCAGGUACUCGUUGUGAUAAAGUUCCAUUGACAUGUUUUAAAUGUGGUGGUAGUGGUCACAUUGCCAGGUUAUGUCCAAGUGUGGUAACUGCAAGGAAAGUCACAAGGGAGAGGAUUAGGACCAUCAUGGCGAGGUGGUCGAAGUCAGUCACGUCCGUCAUCUAG